CCGAAAGUAUCGAUAAUCCUCGCUACCGCAACAGGAGUUGCUCAGCCGGUCAAUGUCACGUUUGUGUUGUGUCGCCAAUGUUCUCCGACCAAUUAGUCUAAACUAGUUUAAUAUGUUUAAAUUAAGUUGUUUAUUCGUUAACUCUUUGGGUAGUCUAUGUCGUCAUAUUGCCGCCCCUCUCGCUGCAAAGGAAGCAUCUUUGAGGACGAUAUGUAGCAGCAGUUUCAGACUUCAGGAGGCAGAAUCUUCCAGCAAAGAGACCACAGAAAGCUCCCAACAGUUUAGCCAUUUGCCUCCACUGCCCGGCCAGGACAGUCCUCUCAGGUGGGCCGGGAAGAAGUUUGAGGAGCUCCCCAUCGUGCACAUCAAAGCCACGUACAACAACGUCCUCAUCCAGCUGACAGACUGCGACGGCCAGUCCAUGGUGAGGACUUCCUGCGGGACAGAAGGCUUCAAAAACAGAAGGAAGGCCACGCCGGUUGCCGCUCAGACCACCGGCAUCUCCGCCGCAUCGAAAGCCGCAGCCAAGGGAGUGACGUUCGUCCGUGUUGUGGUCAAAGGUAUCGGCCCGGGACGUGUGUCGGCCAUCCAAGGUUUAACCAUGGGGGGCCUGGAGGUGGUCUCCAUCACCGACAACACCCCUGUGCCGCACAACGGCUGCCGACCUCGCAAAGCCAGGAGGGUGUGAUGACGAUGACGAUAUUAUUGAUCAAUAAACUUGUAGAGUCCCUGCCACAACA